GCUGGUGAGCUCAUCAUCAACCACGUGAGGCGCUCUUCCUCACGGAGGGAGUAAUAUACACAAACAUGGCGACAAAGCGAACGCUUAGGAUGCUGUCCCCUGUUCGAAUUGCGUUGCAGCUUUUAUUAUUUUAUCUCACAGGCUUGUUUUCUUCCACGCUCCAUCUCCCUCGAAGUCAGAGGUUUAUGCUACCGCAGGAUCGCGGUUUUUCCUUGGUAACUGCGGGCGAAGACCACAUUCAAGCAGCCAGCGCCGAGGGUCAAACGCAAGACGUGCGUCUCGAGAGGGAAGCCAGAGAAGCUUCACCACCAGUGCAAAGGCAUCGAUAUCGCCGUGCUGCUGAAUCACCCGUGCCGAAGGUGUACGGAAGGGCCAACCUCAAUGACUCGCAUAACCAGAUGGUGGUGCACUGGGCCGGGGAGAAGAGCAACGUCAUCGUGGCACUGGCGAGGGACAGUGUGGGGGCCAUUGACCCCAAGCCAAGCUCGGUGUACGUGUCGUAUGACUACGGGACGACUUUUGUAGCUAUUUCGGAGCAAUUCCAGCUGACUGCCAAGGAGGGCAAGGAACCGAGCAAGCAGGUCAUCUCCCAAUUCUAUCACAGCCCAGCGGACAACAAAAGGUACCUCUUUGCUGACACCACCAACAGCUACGUGUGGAGCACGCUCGACUUCUGCAAGUCCAUCCAAGGCUUCUCCAUCCCCUUCAAACCCACAGACCUCCUGCUGCACAGCACACGGCCCAGUCUGGUACUCGGCUACGACAGCUCCCAUCCAAACAAACAGUUGUGGAAGUCAGAUGAUUUUGGUGAAACAUGGCUGUUAAUUCAGGAGCAUGUGAAGGCCUAUUUCUGGGGAGUGGAGCCCUACGACAGCCCCACCACGGUGUUCGUCCAGAGGCACGAGCCGCAGGGGGUCUCCAGCGUGCUGAGCAGCACCGACUUCUUCCAGAGCGAGGAGAGCCGCCGCCUCAUCCUGGAGCGCGUGGACAACUUCCAGCUGCGCGACAAGUACAUGUUUGCCACCACCACCAGGCCUCUACUGGGGAGCCAGCAGCCUGCCAGCGUCCAGCUGUGGGUCUCCUACAACCGCCAGCCAAUGAAAGCUGCUCAGUUCCAGACCCGCCAUCCAAUCACGGAGUACUACAUAGCGGAUGCCUCGGAGGACCAGGUGUUUGUGUGUGUGAAUCACAACAACAACAUCACGCACCUGUACAUCUCGGACACGCAGGGCCUGCGCUUCAGCCUGUCGCUGGAGAACGUGCUGUACUACAGUCCGCAAGGCUCCGGCAGCAACACUCUCAUCAGGUACUUUGCCAAUGAGCCGUUUGCAGAUCUGCACCGCGUGGAGGGACUGCGGGGGGUGUUCAUCGCCACCCUCAUCAACGGCUCCGUCAGCGAGGACAACAUGCGCUCCGUCAUCACCUUUGACAAGGGCGGCACCUGGGAGCUGCUGCAGCCGCCCACAGCUGACAGCCUGGGGGGCGUAGUGGACUGCCAGAUCUCCAAGGGCUGUUCUCUGCACCUGGCCCAGCGCUGGAGUCAGCUGCUCAACAUUCAGCUGCGCCGCAUGCCCAUCCUCUCAAAGGACUCUGCACCAGGAUUCAUUAUGGCCACAGGCUCUGUGGGGAAGAAUCUGGCCAAUAAGCCCAAUGUUUAUGUGUCCAGCACAGCUGGGGCUCGGUGGAGAGAGGCGCUGGCAGGCCCCCACUUCUACACUUGGGGAGACCAUGGAGGAAUACUGAUGGCCAUCGCCCAGGGGGGCUCCACAACCAAGCUCAAGUUCAGCACCAAUGAGGGCGAGACGUGGACGGACUUUGUGUUCUCCAAGCGCGAGGUGUACGUGUACCAGCUGCUGACGGAGCCGGGCGAGAAGAGCACCAUCUUCACCCUCUUCGGCUCCUACGCUGACCAGAAGCACAGCUGGCUCAUCCUGCAGCUCAACGCCAGCGACGUGCUCGGGGUGCCAUGCUCGGAGGGCGAUUACAAGAGCUGGUCCCCGUCUGAUGAGCUGGGUAACGGCUGCCUGCUGGGCCGGGAGAUGGUCUUCAAGCGCCGCACGCCCCACGCCACCUGCUUCAACGGGGAGGACUUUGACCGGCCCGUCACCCUCUCCAACUGCUCCUGCACACGCCAGGACUACGAGUGUGACUAUGGCUUCAAGCUGAGCGAGGACCUGUCCCUGGAGGUGUGUGUUCCGGACCCCGAGUUCCUGGGCAACCUGUACGCCCCUCCUGUGCCCUGCCCCGUGGGCACCACGUACCGCCGCAGCAGAGGGUACCGCAAGGUGUCUGGGGACAGCUGCAGUGGGGGAGACGUGGAGGAGAGACUAGAGGGGGAGAUGCUGCCCUGCCCCGUGGGAGAGAGUAAUGAGUUCAUCCUGUAUGCGGUGCGUAGCUCUAUCCACCGCUAUGACCUGGCGACAGGCACUGACCAGCGUCUGCCUCUCUCUGGCCUGCGCGAGGCCGUGGCUCUGGACUUUGAUUAUGAGCGCAACUGUGUCUACUGGGCUGACAUCUCACUGGACAUCAUACAGCGUCUGUGUCUGAACGGGAGCACUGGCCAGGAGGUGAUCGUCAGGAGGGGCCUUCAGAAUGUUGAGGCCCUGACCUUUGACCCCGUCAGCCAGCUGCUCUUCUGGGUGGACGCCGGUGCACAGAAGAUUGAGGUAUCAAACCCCGAUGGUGACCUGAGACGUACUCUGCUGAACUCCUCUGUGCUGGAACAUCCCCGGGCUUUAACAGUGCUACCUGGACAAAGCCUGAUGUUCUGGACGGACUGGGGUGACCGCGCUGCGGGCGUGUACCGCGGCUGGAUGGACGGCUCCAACGUCUCCUGCAUCGUGUCGGAGGGCGUCCGCUGGCCCAACGGCAUCACGGCCGAUGACCGCUGGCUGUACUGGACCGAGGCGUACGGGGACCGCAUCGAGAGGGCCGACUUCAACGGGGGCCAGCGCACCGUGCUCAUGGAGGGCCUGCCGCACCCCUACGCCAUCGCCGUCUUCAAGAGCGAUGUGUACUGGGACGACUGGUCUCGGAUGGGCAUCUUUAAGGCGCCCAAGUCUGGCUCUCCAGACAGCGAGCUCCUGGUGGGCCGGCUGACUGGCGUCAUGGACCUCAAGAUCUUCUACAAGGGCAAGACCCGAGGCAGCAAUGCGUGUGCAGAGCGGCCGUGCUCGCUGCUGUGCCUGCCCCAGCCUGGGCGUCGCCACUCAUGCGUGUGCCCUGACGGCACCCCCACCACCACGCUGCCCUCCGGGGAACUCCAGUGCCAAUGCCCAGCGGGCUACCAGCUCCUCAACAGCACAUGCAUCAAAAUAGAGCACACGUGUCUGCCUAACCAGUACCGCUGCUCCAAUGGAAAGUGCAUUAGCAGCAUCUGGAAGUGUGACAGCGACAACGACUGUGGGGACAUGAGCGACGAGCAGGACUGCCCCACCACUGUUUGUGACUCCGCGGUGCAGUUCCGCUGUAUGGCGUCUGGCUCCUGCAUCCCGCUGGCCUUCAAGUGUGACCACGAGGACGACUGUGGUGACAACAGUGACGAGGAGCAUUGUGAGAGCCACCAGUGUGGGCCUGGAGAGUUCACAUGUGCGAGGGGUGUCUGCAUCCGUGAAGCCUGGAGGUGUGAUGGGGACAACGACUGCAGGGACUGGUCUGAUGAGGCCAACUGCACAGUGGGUCAGCACACCUGUGAGGCGGGCAGUUUCCAGUGCCACACGGGCCACUGUAUCCCCCAGAAGUGGGUGUGUGACGGGGACGUGGACUGCCAGGACAGCACGGAUGAGGACCCCAGCCAGUGCAAGGGUGAGAGCUGCAAUGGGUUCCUCUGCUCCAAUGGCACCUGUCUGCCUGCCAGUGCCCACUGCAAUGGCGUAGAGGACUGCCCAGGGGGCGCUGACGAGCAACACUGUGAUCCGCUGUGCACACGCUACAUGGAGUUUGUGUGCAAGAACCGAGCGCAGUGUCUGUUCCAGUCUCUGGUGUGUGAUGGAAUAAAGCAUUGCUCUGACGGCUCGGACGAGGACCCUGCUUAUGCUGGAUGCUCCAAUCAGCCGGAGUUUGAGAAGACUUGCGACGCCUACAGCUUCCAGUGUGCCAAUGGCGUGUGUGUGAGCCUGGACUGGAAGUGCGACGGAACGGAUGACUGUGGGGACUACUCUGACGAGGCCAACUGUGCGUCCCCAACAGAGGUGCCCGGCUGCUCGCGCUACUUCCAGUACGAGUGUCGCAAUGGACGCUGCGUGCCCAGCUGGUGGAAGUGUGACGGGGAGAACGACUGUGGAGACUGGUCAGACGAGUCCCAGUGCACAGAUGGUGUCCCGUCCCACACUCCGGCCCCAGGCCCCUCCUCCUGCGCUCCCAAUAGGUUCCACUGUGGCUCGGGGGCCUGCAUCAUCAACAGCUGGGUGUGUGACGGAUACAGCGACUGCCCUGACGGCAGCGAUGAGGCCGGAUGCCCCACAGCCACCAACAGCUCGGUGCCCCAGACUCCUGCCCCGACGCCAGUGGCCCCAACACCGUGCCCCAGGGGCCAGUUCUCCUGUGGGAGGCCCCACGCCUGCAUACCCGCCUGGCAGCGCUGCGACGGCACCACCCAGUGCCUGGACGGGACUGAUGAGCUUAACUGCCCCACACGUCAGCCACUGCAGUGUGUGAACGGCAGCAUGUGUGCGGACGGAGAGGCGUGCGUGUUGGACAGCGAGAGGUGCGACGGCUUCCUGGACUGCUCUGACCACAGUGACGAGGACAACUGCACGGACUCUUUGGCCUUUAAGAUCCAGAAUCUGCAGUGGAGUCCUAACCUCUCGGGUGCCGUCACCCUCACCUGGUCUCGGCCCAAGAACAUGCCUCUGGCCUCCUGCUACUUCCAGGUUUACUACAGGUUGAUCGGGGCCCAGUCGUGGACGCAGAUGGACACCCACAGCAACAAGAGCACGUACACACUGACGGUGCUGCGGCCCGACACCACCUACCAGGUGAAGGUACAGACCCAGUGUCUCAGCAAGCAGCACAAGACCAACGAGAUGAUCACCAUACGCACGCCCGAGGGCGUCCCUGACCCUCCUGAGAACCUGCAGCUGGCGUGUGACCAAGGAGAGGAUGGCAGCGUCCUGGUCUCCUGGGGCCCCCCUGCAGAGUCCCACGGCCUCAUCAGAGAAUACAUCGUGGAGUACAGUAAGAAGGGCAGUGCGGAGUGGUUCUCCCAGCGGUGCCCUGGCAUCAGCACUGAAGUCAAGAACCUGGAGGCCAAUGCACAGUACAAGUUCAGAGUGGCAGCAGUGACUGGCAGGGGUGUUGGGAACUGGACUGCUGUUAAAACCAUUGACCCUCAGAAAGCUCUGCCUGCUCCAGUGGUGACUCCAGGCCCGGUGACAGAAGACAGCAUGAGCUUUGACUUCAGCUAUGAGUAUGAGGUGAAACAGUACGUAGUGGUGUUGUCAUGGGCAUUUGAUGACCAUGUGAAGGAAAGCAGAAACUACACCUUCCAUGGCAAGACAUUCAAAGCGUUGAAUCUGACCGCCGGCACGAUGUACGAGAUGGCAGUGUGGGCCCACACGCGUAGUGGCGACAGCCCCACCACACUGCAGCGGCAAGGGACGGCCGGCUCCCAGCCCCACCCACCUCUCCUCAAGGCCCGCGCACUCAACCAGACCGCCGUAGACUGCAGCUGGAACUCAACCGCAGGACUGACAUACGGUAUCUUCUUUGCGACAUCGUUCCUGGACUUGUACCACUGGCCUCACAACCAGAGCAGCAACAGCAGCAGCCUCACCGUCACCGUGGAUACCGACGAACAGUACCUCUUCCUGGUCCGGGUAAUCUCUCCGUACCUGGGCCCUCCCUCCAACUAUGCGGUGGUGAAGAUGAUUCCGAGUGAGAGGCUACCGCCGCGUAACCUGCACCGGGUGCGAGUGGACCAGACCCAGGCCACACUCAAGUGGCAGCCACCCUACGACGCUCCCGCCACUGCACUGACGUACGCGAUCCACCUGCGCGACACUGUGCGCCGGACGGAGCGCAGCUACAAGCUGACGACGGCCAACAACACGGUGGAGUACAGCCUGAAGGACCUGGAGGCCGGCGGCCACUACGUCAUCACCAUCAGACUGCGCAACAUGAGCAAGGAGGCCAGCUACACCCUCAACACAGUUCCCCUGCCAGCACCUGAGGCCCUAAAGAUCCUGAAUGAGCAAGAUCACAUCAUCCUCUUCUGGAAGAGUCUGGCCGUCAAGGAGAAGACCUUCAACGAGAGCCGGGGCUACGAGGUGCACAUGUAUGACAGUGUGACCAACGCCACCACGUGCCUGGGCAACACCACGGAGACCUUCCUGCGCAUCAGCAACCUGCUGGCCCAACACAACUACACCUUCUCCGUCCGCGCCCGCUGCCUCUUCAACGGGCAGCUGUGUGGAGAACCGGCACUGCUGCUGUACAACGAGCCCGGGGAAGACGGAGGUUCCAGUAACAAGUCCCAGUCUGGGCGGUCGGGGGACAUGGCGGCCAUCGUGGUCCCUGUGCUGUUCCUGCUGUUGCUGGGUCUGUGUGGGGGUCUGCUGGUGCUGUACCUGAGGCAUCGCCGCCUGCAGCACAGCUUCACCGCCUUCGCCAACAGCCACUACAGCUCACGCCUCGGGGCAGCCAUCUUCUCCUCGGGCGACGAGCUGGGUGACGAUGAUGAAGAUGCUCCCAUGAUCAGUGGCUUCUCAGAUGACGUUCCCAUGGUGAUAGCGUAGCAGGGACACCCCCCUCCCCCUUCUACUCUACUUCCCCUUCCUCCUUCCACUCCUACUCCUCCUCAAUAUCAUACUGUACAAUAAUGUACCAUGCACACAUACACACACUCACACACUCAUAUAAACACACACACACACACACACACACACACACACACACACACACACACACACACACACACAUUCUACAAUACCGCACCCCCUAUACUCUGGGUGCAUGUGCCAAGUGGUUAAACAUACAGAGGGGGAGCUGCAAAAAAAGAAAAAAAUACCCUCCCAUCAACCAAUCAACCAAACACCCCGCCAGAGGCUGUUUACAGGCGCAGGAGAAAAGGGAGACAAAGAAGAAGCGUGGAAAGAAAGAAAGCAAGAAAGAAUAUUUUUAAAAGAAAAAAAAAAACGUAAGAUGCACUUUUUUUGGAUGCGCAAUAAAUUAUUUUUUUAUAUGGGUGAUGGACAUUCUGGGGGACACAAGAAGCUGAAACUGUGAAGGAAAAAUAAUUUUAGUGUGUCAGGGACGAUGAAAAAAAUAAUCCCUGUUGUACUAUAACGUGAUUCUGUGUUAAGAACCAUGCAUAGGCUUAAAGCCACGCUUAGUAAAUAGAUAACGGAAGAAGCAACACGUCACAGAGACGUAGAGAAGUAGAAGCAGAAUGACAAAACCCAAAAAUUUCAUUUUAUGAAUGUACAGUGGAGAAAAAGACAUGAAUACUUUGUGAAAAGGGAAAUGGGUAUGUUACAUGUUGUUGGCACUCAGUACUUGCACAGAUUUAAUUGUUUUAUAAGUUCUUUAAAAAAUGUAUCACUGUGUGUCAGUAAUGUAGACAUAACCUGAAUUUACCUAUGGUACCUUGUAAGAAUCUGUGUUUUUAGAUUUGUGGGUUCCCAGUAUGACGUGACUUACAUUAUGCAGGUGUGAUGAACUGUUACUUUUUUUCUUUCUUUUUGCUGUUGUUGAGACUGCGUGAGUGAGCGAGAGAGGAUAAAAAGCUGAGAAUUAGGGGCAAAGAGACUCUUGUCUAGUCGCAUGCUUUGAUGAAUUUUGGCUAUAGAUGAUCAUUUUGGUACUUCACAUAAAUUGCCAGUACUUACAGAAGUUAGCGGUCAGGAACCUUAAGAAAGAUAACAGAAUUAAAAUAAUAAUGAUAAUAAUAAUAAUAAUAAUCAUGAAAUUGUGUAGGCCUGUAAUGAGGUCUCUGAAAAAUAAUUGUUUACUCAAAAAAUGCUGUGCAUAUCUUAAUCUCUUAGCUUGGAAUGGCUUGCUUAGGUUCACAUUCAGGGGAUCAUUUCAUCGAUCUCAUCGGUACAUGCAAGUUCUUUCGAGUUUAGAUUUAAAAUUUUAAUAAAAUUUAAAACAUGUUAUUAAUAUUGUUGGGCCAUAGCUAGCCUACCUUAGCCUAGUCUAGCCUGUUAGCACCUCUCAGUAAUGGCGUGAGGUGCGUGCACAUAGACAUAGAUUAGUCUAUGCCUAUGUGCGUGCAGGCCAGUGAUGGUAGGUGUUGCCAUAGCAAUGUUCUCAGGGCACUGGUAGGUCAAACAGACGUCACAAGGUCACACAGAGUGGCCAAUCAGAGCUCUGGACAGACUUCCUUUUAGAAUCCACCCUUAAGUUCGUUUGGUGGUACAUAGGUCAAAAGAAUUCAGACAGGAAAAUACAAUGCAGUUUGAGAGGCAAAAAUGGUGAAAAUCUUGACAAAGAGCCGGUCCUUAAGACAUGAUGUGAUGAUUGGACAAGUGGUAGUGUUUGCUGGAAGAAACUGCACUCUUCUAGUCUAUACUAUAUCAGUUACAUGGUAUGUCUGACAUGAUCACUUGUUCACUUGAGUUUGUAGUGCACUAUAAAGGAUGUGUUCCAUUGUUUUGAGCCCUACAUAGUGCAUACUAUAGUGAGCAUGUCAGACUCCGCCCCACUUCCUCCACAACCAAUCCCACAAUUCCCUCUGCCCAAUCAACUGGAUGUGUCUGAUGAUGUUUUAUUAUUUUUGUUUCCUUUCUACUUUGUGUUCAAUGAAUGUAUUCAAACAGGCAGUUCUUUUUCCCUGUUUGGGGUGAAGUUUAUCGUCCUUUUUUUAAUGUUUUCUUCCUCUUAAAACAAUAUCACUGGAACCUCACCUGGAAGAUUCAUCCGUGAAGUCAGUUUCUAGGAACUGAUAAGGUAUCCACGAGGACCUUUUAUUCCAACCAGCUUAGUGUCCACUAGUGUUAGGCAGAUAGACCACCCCUUGUCUUUAUUGUGUAGCCGGGUCAAAGACGUGAAAAAUGUCAUUGUCAUUCAGUGUAACGGAUGCCUUCUGCUGACUGUAACUGUAAAAAACACGACUCUUUUUAUUUAUUUGUUACAGGGAAUUCAUGGAAGCCUCGGCUGUCAUCCAUUCACUUGAAACAAUUUUAAAAUCAUGUUUUUUUGCAGUUACAGUCAGCGGAAGUUGUCUGUAACACUGAAUGACAAAGACGUCUUUGACCCAGCCGUCUCUCAAGCAGAUGUGCACUUGUCCCUCCUCCGAGAAGGCCCAGACCCAAUGAGAACUCAUCCUACAGUGGCUCUGUGCUUUUAAUUGGCCAACUCUGUUGCAGGGUCAGUUGCUCAUUGGAGGUUAUAGUUGUUACGUUUUUUUGUUUGUUUGUAUGUUUUUUUGUCAAUGUUCCUUUUUAUUCCUCAUUAUUUUCCUUUGUCAUGUUCUAUUUUGUUUGUAUAUUCAGUUGGUUGUGGCCUUAAAAUCAACAGAAGAAUUCAAAAUAUUAGUGACAGAUUCUAGAUGGACAAUUGAUUUUCUCUCUAUUUUUUGCUUUUGAUCUGUUUGUUAUCCUUUCUCCGUCUUUGGUUUGCCACUUAUGCCUUACAGAAACAUAUUAAGCUAGAGGUAUGUACCUAUGUAUGGAAGUAUGUAUGUAUGUAUCUUUUUUGUCACUUGUAAAUGUCAAACACGUGCACACACAGUACACAAAUACACUGAACUUAUAGGACUGGAGGCUCAGAGAAAAAAGAGAUGUUAAAAUUUGCAGACAGAACAGUUAGUCCCGAAAAUCUUAACUACUGUGGGCUAGCCUUUUCACCUGUCUCCAAACUGAGCCAUUUGUGACCUCGUUUUCCCCCCUAUUCCUCAUGUCUCCUUUUUUGUCAGUUUAAUUUUUUUAAAGCUUAUACAGCAAGUUGGUUACAUACUGUAUGUAUAUGUUGCUUCAGGAGUCACAUAUUUUAAUCUUGUCAAAUAGAAUGCGUAUGUUUCUUUGCACACAAAAUGGCACGUCAAAUUCACCACAUUCUCCUUUAUUGUGUUUUUAUUCAGAAGGAGUGAUGCAUCAGGAAAGGACAGAGAUGUUCAGAGAUGUUUUUGAACCACUUAUGCUGAAAUAAACUGUAAAACUGUA